AUGGAGAAGGUGAGUCACCUGCUGCGAUAUUUGCGUUCUGUAAAGCCUUCCAUGCCUCAUGAUUUCUGACGCAUUGCGGCUACUUCCUCGCAUAGGUCCAACUUUCGCUCGAGCGCUUCUUGCCUGAGCUCCGUGAUUUGGAGCGCAAGAAGAUCUUCACCAAAGUAGGCCACCUUGUUUCAUGUCACGUCACAAACGAGCCAUCCCAUAAGUAUUUACUCCUCAUCAUGUCUCGUUUCACAGGAUGAGAUCACAGAGAUCGUUUCGCAGCGCCGUCGAUUCGAGACCGCGCUCGCUAGUCGAGCCGUCAAGCCGAUCGAUUACCUCCGAUACAUCGACUACGAGACCAAGCUGGAAAAGUUGAGAAAGAAACGUGCUUCUAGAACGAGUCAGUCCAUUCGGACAUGCUCCUGAACUCGUUCGAACCCCUGUCUGAGCAAACAAAAACCGGCUUUCUCAAACUGACCUUCAUCCUCGACCACCUCACCAGAAACGACGACGAAAAAGACCUUGUCGGACCACUCGAUCGCGGCCCACGUCACGCACUUGCACCGCCUUUCGACGCGUCGUUUCCCUUCCUCGUUACAACUCUGGGACGCGUUCCUCGGACACGCCCUGGAACAAGCCUCGCCUCAUCUCGUCUCUCGAACGCUCUCGACGGCGAUCGCGAUGCACCCCACCCACGCUCCUUAUUGGCUCAUGGCCUCUCGUUGGGAAUCCGAAGGAGACGAGAGAGGUCUAGGAGGAGGGAACGACGAAGCUGCUCGUCGAUUAUGCAUGCGCGCAUUGAGAUUCCUUAGAGGGAGUGGGGAGUCGGAGCAUUUGGUGUGGAACGAAUGGAUUAGGGUCGAAUGCGCUUUCGCUGAACGCUUGAGGGCAAGGUGGACUUUGCUGGGGAUUGGGAAGGAAGGAAGGAAUGGCAAGGAAGAGCUUGUCGUCGUCGGAGAGAGGAGUAGUAAGAGGAGAAAGGUCGCUGAAGGGCAGACUCAGGAUGGGGAGGAGGUGGAUGAGGAUGGGCAGGAGUUGAAAGAGGAGGAGGCGGCUGAAGAGAUUGAACUGCCGACUGGGGAGGAUGGUGAAGAUCAGGAGGAUGAGGAGCUCAAGGAAACGGUGCAAAAGGAGGCUGCUUCGGGCCAGGAAGCCAUCAUCGAGGGAGCGAUCGUCCGGGUCUUGCUCGACAACUACCUGACCUGUGCGUAUCUCAAGUUUCAAGUUCCUACCUGGCUGACGAAAAAGGCUGACUCCUGCCCAUGUCCCGGUUGUCACAGCCUUCAAGCACUCUCUCGAUGUUUACGAGCGAUUACUUUCCGUCUUGCGAUCGUUGCCUUCACCUCUGCGUCUGUCGCUCCUUAAGCAUACGUACGCCUCCAUGACCACGCCAUUCACCCCCUCCUCUCCCGACUACGCUCGAGCGCUCCACAUUCUCGCGACCCGACACCUCUACGACGUGGCGUACAACCCCAAACGAGCAAAGAAAGGCGGGCCCGUCCCUGACACGACGACGAUCCAGGUCAAGGGGGAGAAACUUGUCGAUGCUGUCGCGGCGGGUGUGGAUCAGUACUGGAAGGCGUGCAAGGGCAAGAAGGGCAAGAAUAAGGAGACGGCACACCUAGCCGUUUGGGAGGCGUUUUGCUCUUGGCUUGAGAAGAUGCUUGAGCAAGUUGAAGAGGAUAAUCUGGUGAGUUAUCAUGUAGUCAACCAAAUUUGUGGGUAGCAGAUUCUGACGUCGCUUGACUGCGACUGCACGUUCACAGCACACCUACCUCCGAACCAACCUCACCACCGCGCUUUCGCUCGCUCCGUCCUCACCGUUCCUCUCCCUCCUCCAUCUCCGACACCUAGUACGCACGGAGAGCCCUCGCGUCGAGCUCUUCUCGUUCGUCUCGGACUUGACCAAGCGCUACGGAACCGAAAAGACCCCCGCGCCUACCCGUGAACAAGUCUGGGUCGCCCGAGUCAAGACGACCCUUUCGCUCGCUAAGAGUGGACACCCGCCUUCAGCUGAAGAAGUCGAAGUCGUUAUCGAACAAGCGAUCAAGGCUCUUCCUUACAGUGGACAGCUUUGGUGGAUGCACGUCGAUCGCAUCGAUGAUUCGGGUUUGUCGAUUGAGGAUAAGCUAGAUAGGUACGAAAAGGCGAUCGCGAGGGUGGCGUUGGCCGAUGCCGUACCUCCUGUCGAUUUCAAGUCGACGUUCACGGAUGCGCAAAAUGGCAGCGUUGAUGAGGACGACGAAGAGGAAGAAGGGGAAGAAGGGGAAGAGAUCCCCAUCCUCGAACCUCGCGAGCUCGUCCCAAGACGCUACAUGAACCUCCUCGCCGAACUCGAACCCCAGACCUUCACCACGCGCGUCGAAAACCUCCUUCGCACAACCACGACCGUCUCCAUCGAGACCCUACACGUCAUUCUCGAAACUACUACCGCCGUCCUUCCCAAACCUCUGUCACUGCAAAUCAAGAUCCUCGAACACCUCGCACAGCACCCCAAGUCGGGGGCGGAGGAGUGGCUGUUCUACGCUUCGAUGUUGUUGAGGUGUGGUGAGGCGGGCAAGAGUACGGUUGUUGUGCAGAGGGCGAGGAAGGGGUUGAAGGGAGUGGAUUUGGCAGUGUUUGAUAAGAGAUGGGGAGAGAUUUGUGAUGCUUCAUAG